CUGCUAGAAUACUGUCUUCCUCCGCUGCUGCAGCCUGAUUCCGACACCACCGGCAUGUCCACUGACUGAGAGCGGCUCAACGAGACGCACAGGAAGACGCAGCCUCUCAUUUAAGACGCACAACUUGUGUUCUCUUUACUCCCGCGGAAGGAAGACGGUUACGGGUGUUUGUUUUUUUAAGACUGCGGCGAGGCUUUGCGGAGGGACUUGAAGGAGCAUCAGAACAAGGUCUGUCCCCGAUAACGUGACCACUGAAGGAAGAGAACACAGAAGUGCUUCAUCAUGAAUUUUGUAAUGAAAGCUGCUCUGGGAGGAGGCCCUCCUGAUGUGGGCAAAAUGCUGGGCGGGGAGGAGAAGGAGGAGGACCCCGACGCAGCGAAGAAAGAGGAAGAGCGACAGGAGGCUCUGAGGCAGCAGGAGGAGGAGAGGAAGGCCAAAUAUGCCAAGAUGGAGGCUGAGAGGGAAUCGAUGAGGCAAGGCAUCAGAGAUAAGUAUGGUUUGAAAAAGCGCGAGGAGGCCGAGGCUGAAGCUGCGGCUGCUGCUGAGCAGCCUGCAGAAGGUAGCUUGACUCGACCUAAGAAGGCUGUGCCGGCCGGCUGCGGCGAUGAGGAGGAAGAGGAAAGCAUCAUGGACACAGUGAUGAAAUACCUGCCAGGGCCACUCCAAGACAUGCUGAAGAAGUAGGAUAGCUAGCUGGCUAAAGCUAACAUUAUCUAGCUUAGUUCAUAGGCAACAGUUACAAGAUUGGCUUGAAUCAGGUUUUUUUUCCAUCCACAUGUUAGUGGGUAGAAUUAAUUUAAAAUUGGGUGCGGCGUUUCGGUGCUUGGACAAACUUUGGUGGUGGGGACAUUAAUCAAACGUUAACCAUCAGUGUGAACUGCUACCUUUAGACUAAGCUAGGCUGACCCAACAGCCAGGGGAAUGUUAGCCCGACUGACAUUAACGUAAGUCACACUUACGCAGCUAACAUCAAGCAGAGGGGCAAAAGACAUGUUAGAUGGGUUGUCCUUCAAGUACGAGAAGUUUUAAGCUCCCUUUUCUCUCCUCUGCCAUAGCUGCACAGCUCUCUUGCAGCACUGAAAAAAUAUCCUCGUCCGCCACGUUCAUUCAGUUUGUACAUAAAUAUAUAACAAUCCUCAAGGUGGGCAAACAAUCUUAAAUAUUAUAUAAAUCUAUUAUCUGUGUCUGUCUCUAAAACAAAAAAUAAUGUGAUAACUUGAUAAGCCAUAUUUUAAAAAGGAAAUUUAAAGACUACUGUUGUGUGCUCCUAAAGCUUCUGUUUUGUGUUCGAUCAUGUCUGAAAUUUACGUAAAACUUUUUGCACACAGUGUUACACAUCCCCCGUAAAAAACCUGUUGUCUAUUUCCCCCAAACACAAUGACCAACAAAGUGUUAUACAUGUAGAAUAAUGUUUCAAAAUGUUUCUAUUCCCCCUGUUUGGUGCGUCUCCUUCUUACAGUAUGUCGUGCAUGCCAUUUGUCUAGAAAAGAGUUUGUCAUGUGACUAUGUAAACACCCCUUCAUCUAACACAUCUUUAUCAUGCAAAAAAUAUAAUGGCAAUAACUCCUAAGUUUGACUGUGUUUUCACCAUUAUGUCGAUGUAACCGUUAAUAAUAUCAGUAAUGGAAAAAAAACAGAUAUGUAUGCAUUCAGGAAAUUUAAUUUACAGGUUUGCAGGGUUUUCUUUUGUCGUUGUUGUACCAUCGUUUUGAUGAAGAAUGGCUGCGUAGCCAAAACUUUAAGCUUUCAGCCAUAAAACCAGAACUUACAGUAUAUAUACUCUUAAUAUCAGGAUAUAUAGGAAAGGGAAAGAUGGGAACGAUUUAAAAGGAAAGUAUUUUGGGUUGAGCUGCCUGGAUUUUACAUCACGUGAAGAUGAGAAAGAGAUGGCCUUUCCUCAGUACACACACUCGGAAUAAUGCAGUUUGCCUACAGGUUUAGUUACGCUGACAAACCAGGGGUGUUUUCAAAGAAGAUGUAAAGUGACGUUAGAUUCAUCCUUAUGUUGGUUACUAUGUGAGAAUGAGCCACUGAGGCCAACGCAGAAUGCCACGAGCAAUAAAGGAUUAUCAUGUAUGUUUCUGCCUGAGAUUCAAUAAAUAAUUAAAACCUUGUUCACACAUAUAAAA